AUGGAUUCAGAGGCUUCCAAAGCCAAUGCACCGAGGAAGGUGAGAUUUGCACCCAAAGCUCUUCCCAAGAAAGCACAAAAACCCAUUUUACCUAAAGUGGAAAAGGUCGAAAAUGAUAUUGAUGCUGCUCAGGCACAGGAUUUGUUACUCCGUUUCAAUGAAUCAUCUAUGAAGGCAAAUCCAAAAUAUGAAAGGAAAGUUGGGCAUACUCAAGUUGCAUUCGGUUAUGGACGUUCCUCAGCUUCCCUCAAGUCAUAUGGUGCUGCAAAGCAUAUUAAUAAGAAAACGGGAUCAUCUUCUGAUGGCGGUGAUGAUCAGCAGAGAGUGGGGAAAGAGUACAAGGAACCAUGGAACUAUUACUCUUAUUAUCCUUCACAGCUUCCCUUAAGAAGGCCAUAUUCAGGAAAUCCAGAACUCCUUGAUAAAGAAGAAUUCGAGGACGAUUCGAAAAAAUCAGUUGAUGAUGAAUCCGCAACAAAUCCAGCUCUAAAGCUUGGUCUAAUGGAUAAUCUGGAGGACAGCAUGUUUUUUGUUCAGUUACCAACAGCCAUGCCAAUGACAAAACCGUGCAAUAAUGCAGAGGGCCGUGAGCAGGGGAGCAGUACCAAUCAAGUUAAAGGUGCUCGACCAUCUCAAAAGCCAUGUAACAUGGAAGCAUUACCAGCAGGCUUCAUGGGUAAAAUGUUAAUAUACAGGAGUGGUGCUGUGAAGUUGAAGCUUGGUGACACACUAUGCAAUGAUUCAAACGACGUAUUAUUAUAUUGUGCUGAGAACCGUUUGGAUUGUGUGUUUGCUCAAGAUGUUGUUGCCAUCAAUACAGAAGAGAAACUUUGUUGCAAUGUGGGCGAACUCAACAAGCGAGUUGUUAUAACCCCUGAUGUAGACACCAUCUUAGAUAGGGCGGAGCCUCGAAUUUUUGUUGCAGGGGCGGAGCCUCGAAAAGUUUAUGAAUAUAAUACAUAUAUAACAAAAUGGGCAGUGUCCAAUUGUGCAAAUGAAAUUCAAAUACUUUUUAAUGAGGAGUGUCGUUUUGACUGUCAGAUCAUACCACGUUACAACUUGGAAAUGAUAUGGAAGAUAAGGUCUUCCCUCAGCAGCGAGCACAUGGCAAAAUUUGAUUGA